AUGGUUGAAUAUCAUAAAUGGAUGGAACAGCAGAAUGACGAUCUGGCUAUAUCCAGACUUUCUAUACCUGGAACCCACAAUAGCGCGGCCUGUCACGUUGCUUUACCUUCCGUCAAAUGUCAAGACCACACGGUGAGAACACAAUUGCAGAAUGGUGUGCGCUUUUUUGAUUUCAGACUAGGAAAACUGUUCUUCAAGGACAACGAACAGGGACAUUAUCAGGGCAAAGACCUGCAAGUGAUACACGGUAAAUUUCCUGUUCGAAUUCCAAUGCCUGUCAAGUUUUCAUCUGUUUUGGACGACAUUUUGGCUUUCUUGGAUGCAAAUCCAAGCGAGUCGUGUAUCGUGUCGAUCAAACAAGAGGGUGAGGCUUUUGACGGCUUCGAUAGCUUUGUCUGGGAAAAAUUCAUUGAGCCGAGACACGAUCGGUGGUACUUGCGUGGCGAUAUCCCAAGGUUAGGCGACGUCAGGCAAAAAAUCGUUUUAUUUCGUCGUUUUGGCAUUUCUCAAGAACUCCAGGACCGCGAUUUUGGCAUUGAGGCUGCAUGGUGGUCCUAUUGUACCCCGAACGAAGACCGUGGCAUUUUUCAAGUGCAAGAUUUUUGCGAGCUCAAACAUGCUGAGAACAUCGCUGAGAAAACUGGCUACGUCAAGCAAUUUCUGCGGCUUGCAACCGAUCACAACAGCACUGACAAUGCGCCCUCGAGACUGUUUGUCAACUUUUGCUCAGGCUCUAAUCUUUACGAUACCGACUGCUGGCCCGAAAAGGUCGCAGAUGAGAUGUUCAACAGCGACUUGCCCUCUGCUAUGGGCGGCGGAUGCGGCGUGGUGAUUUUGGACUACGCGGGAAAAGAUGGCUGGACUCUUGUCAGGAACAUCGUCGAUACCAAUUUCUAA